AUGGCUGGUGAUAAAGGAAACCCUGACUCUCCCAAGUCCAUGGAGCCAUCUGCAGCGGCGGGAAGGGAAACUCCGACCUCUGGACCAGUGCCUCAAGUUAUAUCAUCUACCUCCGCGCGGAGGACGUACGGUACACUCGAUACAUCUUCCCUCGAAGCGACUAAUCCUGAACUACGUGAUGACGGUCAAGAGGAGAGUUCGACUCGCGCAUUUACGACCCAAUCGUCCACUGCCCCUGAUAAGCCCCGAAAGCCAUCGGUAUCGCGUCGCAUGUCUUCCAAACGUCAAAUCCCCCACAAGGGGCAAGGGUUCUCGACAGACGAUGAUGCCAAUGAGGUUAAGCAAGAUAUGACAAAGAAGCAAGCCGCGAAUACGCAACAAUCUCCCAGGAUUCGUCCACUACGAACGCAAAGCUCGACCUUGAGACGACGUCCUAGUGUUCGUCCCAGUCCCUUGGCGAGAGCCGAUUCGGAGAGUUACAACGCAGACGAAGCAGGCUUGCCUGAACCAGGUCCAGAUUUCGAAGAAGAUUUCCCUUCUUUGAAACAGGUGGGACAUAGCAGCGGGGGAGAGAGUGAGGACGACGAGGAGGGUGACAUAGAAGACGAUGAAGACGCAGCCAGCGAUGCUGAGAGCUUCACGCUCAAAGACCGUCAGCAGGCCAUCAACGAAACACAUCCAUUUGGUAUCAGGCUCUGGAAGCCUGCAUUGUACAAGAAGAGUCGUUCUGUAGAGAAGACAGCCGAGGGUGAUAUUCACUCAUCUCCGGGAGGCUACGUCAGUCCCCUGCUUUUUUUGACCAACCUAUCAUGGUCUGUGUUCUUUGGAUGGUGGCUUGCCCUGUUUGCUCUCUUGGCCGCAGUUGCAUGCUUUUUCUUUUCCUACUCAUCGAGUGCUGUGGCGUACGGAAGAGUAUUUUCAGGUCUUUCGCGAUAUCUGUUGUACCCAUUCGGAUCAUACGUUCUUUUGGAGACUGAUGAGAACUAUGCCGAAGAAGAUGAGGGCGAGGGGCGCAGUAUCAGCGAAUAUGAACAAUGGCAGAAUGGUGACCUGGAACAUGGUCGUCUUUUCUUCGGGCCUCGCAGAGAUCGGUCCCUGGUCGGUAGACGAAGGAACAGCGUCGAUUCGACCGGUGAGCAAGACAGCCUGCUCGGGCGGCCCCAGCGUGGACAACGCGAAGACUCUUCUCAGCUCGGUCAAUCUAAGCGUCGCCUUUUUGGGCGGGGCGAAUGGACCCUGGGUCGUGUCGUGUUCUUCGUGUUCUUCUACUUCUUAGUCGGCCCGCUGAUGCUCAUGGUAUCGCUCGUCUGCUGGCUUUUGGUCUUUUGGAUUCCCAUGGGCCGUAUAACCAUAACACUGGUGAGCCAUUUACGCAGACAUCCUCUAGCACUGUCCUUCCAUUCCGAUUCCACAUAUGCGAGAUCAAGCACAACCACGUCUUCGUCUUCCAUCCUUCUUUGUACCUACAGAGCUGCGGGAACGAGGUACUGGAAGUACACGCUCGAUGGAACAAAUAUCUUCCUGAUCAACCUUCUGGGUGUGGUUGUGUUUGUGAUUUUCGAUUACCAUGUUUUGGGUAAAUUCUUGGGCUUGCAGAACUGGGUCACACAUCCGGCCUUAAUCUUCCCUCUUGCUCUGCUCUCCAUCAUUCCCUUGGCCUAUUUCAUUGGGCAAGCCGUUGCCUCGAUCUCCGCUCAAUCUUCUAUGGGCCUGGGUGCUGCCAUCAAUGCUUUCUUCUCAACUAUCGUAGAAGUAUAUCUCUACUGUGUCGCCUUAACCGAGGGCAAGGCACAGCUUGUCGAGGGAAGCAUCAUCGGCAGUAUCUUUGUCGGCAUUCUCUUUCUCCCCGGUCUGUCUAUGUGCUUUGGUGCACUUAAACGCAAGACCCAACGGUUCAAUGUGAAAUCAGCCGGUGUGACCGCGACGAUGUUGCUGUUUGCGGUGAUUGCUGCUUUUGGUCCCACUCUCUUCUAUCAGGUCUAUGGCAGUCAUGAGCUGAACUGCCACUCGUGUAUCAGUUCCCUCGAUCCGGAGGCUCGAGAUUGCCGUCGCUGUUAUUUCUCACAAACAGCAGCUGUCGAUGACCAGUUCUUUCAAAAGGCGGUACAACCAUAUGCAUGGAUCGCCGCUGUUUUCUUAUUCCUCUCAUACUGCAUCGGCCUAUGGUUCACCCUUAGGACCCAUGCUGCUCUUAUCUGGUCAUCAGAGAUAGAAGAAAAGAAGAAUGGCCAUGGCCAUGCCACCCAGUCUGCCCAAGAUUCAUUCUACGAACCACGACACCUGCUGUUCUCAAAUGGCCAACCCGAAGCCUCCGGUGCUGCUUCUGGCCCUAAAGAUUCCAUCCGCGAAUCUCAACUGUAUAAGCGAAUUCUAGGUCAGUCAUUGAAGCAUUUUGGCUUGGAAGACAAUGGCUCGGGCAAUUGGGAAGGGGCUGGAAUUGAAGGUACCGCAGACUUCAAAAGCAAUUCCCCACACUUGGUGCCCCCCAAUUCUAGCGGCGAGGAUGGUUGCCCUGUGCCAAAGUCUAUCCGUAGUAUGGCCAAAGAAGACAACGAGCGUCUAGUACGCCAGUUCACAGAAGUGGCAGCAACAGCAGCAGCAGUGGCUGCUCGGGAUGUGGCUCGAAGUCGCAAGCCCAAUGUCCAACACAAUCAAGCUUCUGUUCGUCAAACUAGCCAUCCUGCUCCAGAGCGAUCACGAAAUCCUGCCGCAGAAGAGCUUGAAGAUCUCGGUUUGCGUGUGGAGCCCAGCCAUGCCAGCGGAGGACAUGAUGCACCCAAUUGGAGCAAAGUUAAAAGCUCUGUCGUUCUUCUUGGGGCAACGCUUCUCUAUGCGGUGAUUGCUGAGAUUCUUGUCAACACAGUUGAUGUUGUGCUAGAGAGCGUGGAUAUCGAUGAGAAAUUCCUCGGCAUUACUCUUUUCGCGUUGGUGCCAAACACGACGGAAUUCCUGAACGCCAUCUCAUUUGCCAUGAACGGCAACAUUGCUUUGUCUAUGGAAAUUGGAUCUGCCUACGCAUUGCAGGUCUGUCUAUUGCAGGUUCCUGCUGUAGUAUUCUUUAGCGCUUUCUAUGGCCGCUCGCUGGACCCGUCUGAGCUUGUCAGCCACUCAUUCAACUUGAUAUUCCCCCAGUGGGAUAUGAUUACCGUUAUCCUGUGCGUCUUCCUUCUCUCCCAUGUAUACGGCGAAGGAAAGAGCAACUACUUUAAGGGAUCCAUCCUUGUACUCACCUACCUUGUCGUUCUGCUUGGGUUCUAUAUGUCGGGCUAUGUGAACAUGGACAGCAUGGGCGUGGAUCGGUUUGAUACCCUGGCCAUAGGCGGCAGUAGUUCUGACAAGUUCUACACUAUCGGCCGAACAAGAAGCGGGGUGGCCUAUUAG